AGACGCCAUUUGAUGCCAUCGAGCAGCGCAGCGCCGGCUCAGAGCGCACGGUGUCGUCUGUCAAGGCUGGAAAAAGAAUCGGUGUGCAUAGAAGAAGACUGGGGAUAAACAGAACAAGGGAGGAACACAAAGCUGUGCAUUAUGCAUAUAACACCCAUAGAGUGUUUUGUCAGUGGUGACAUACGCUUCAACGUCACUGCAAGAGUUAUGAACAGGAGCACUCUCACCGCCAACUUUCAACAUUCGUUCCUGGAGUGCUGCGACCACACUGGAGAAAUCAGGAUAAGGUGCGAUAAGUUCGGUGACAAAAUGAAAGAGGUCGUCAUCAACGGUGUUUAUACAUUUACUCACCUGGUAGCAGAAAAAAUAAGUCAAGAAGAUCGAGAGCGAUAUCGAAUUCCUAUUGAAGCCGAUCACCAGCUGGUGUUUACUGAGAAGUCAAAAAGCAUCGAGAAGCCAGAAAUGCAAGAGCUGCCGCACAGAAUGUACAACUUCACAAAAAUCGACGAGCUGAGAAAACAGAUCGGUGAUGGUACGAAAAAGGACCGUGCCAUGUAUGACGUCAUCGGUAUGUGCAAAAAAGUCGUAGAAAUACAUAAAAACGACCAUGACACUAAUGAAAUUGAACUAAAGCUGGUGGACGAGACGACCGGGCUAAAGAAAGGCUUCACCCUGGCUCUAGUCGGGCAACCGGCUGCCGAAUUCCGUCAUAUGCGGAAGACAGGAAAGUUUCCCAGCCCGUUUGUGGUUGUAGCCAAAAACGGUCGUCUUCAGCCACGGAACAACAGGAUCGAAAGCGGCGUCACAAACAUGGUGCUGAUCCCUAGCCUGUGUGAACUGCCCAACCCCUGGCUGUCACAGAGGGAGCGAUAUUUGAAGACAUGGUACAAAACGGCCAAGGAGCAAAAGAAUGCUGAGGAUAAAAGGAAUGAGGCUGCACCGAAACGGGAACGUGACGCGGACGACAGCAAGGAACCAGGAGGCGCACUAAAGCGCAUCAAGGAAGAGAAAAACUAAGCAGCAGCGUCUGGCUGCUGCUAGUCGCUAACAACUAGCCGAUCCGACUGAAAUUUACUACGCACUAAUGAUGCUAUCAUAGCUUUGUGAGAUGAUGUAUUUCGUACUCCAGCGUAGAUGGGUAGCCAUACGGCUUCCACGGUUGACAGUGAUGACAUCAGUCAUCUUUUGCAAACUCGUUAAAGCUUUGGGCUGUACGGGGACUCGAACCCCGGUCCUUUGGA